UGAUCCGCUUCAUUCCCUAGUUGAACUCCUAUCGGCAAACACGGUUUUUGUGCGCUCCCAAAAUUUGUAUUUGUCUAUCGAUGAUUUAAAAUUAAGAUAUAAAAUAAGUACUGAGAAAAUACAUUUUUAGCUUAAAAAUAGUUUGUGAAGAUGUCCAAAAACAAUGGUCCUGGACCUGGAGCUUAUAUGCUGCCGAGUAGUUUUGGGCAAAAAGGACCGCAGUUCUCCUUCGGCCGCAGGAUUGAUCGCAGGCGAGAGGAGAAGCCUGGUCCUGGUCCGGCAGCCUAUAAGAUAGAUAAGGUCACUCGUUAUGGAAAUGCGGAGGGUCCCCAGUUCUCUAUGUUGGUUAGGAACUCCAGGACCAAGCCCCUUCCCAUUCGAUUUUCAUAAGGAAUAAAGUAAAUCUAUGUACUUAAA